UCUCUGUCAUACUAAAUAUGAUGGUUAAGUACAUAGUUUGCAAAAAAAUACAUCAUUGUUAUUCUCAAUCUUUCUUUCUCUAUUACAUAUUUGUUGUAUAGUUGUUUUUGAUACAUAUCUAUCUAAAGAUAUACUCAUGAGUGACUAAAAAAAUCACCUUAGAGAAUUGUCGCGCAACAACAGUCUCGACUUUCCUCAGUUUGACUUCAAGCGUUGAUAUAUUUUAUAAUAAAUUUAUAAGUUUAUACAUUAAAUAAAUGUAAAUGUAAAUAUAAAAAUGUCUACUGGAAAAUUUAGUACACAAGAUAAAAAAGAUUUAGAUAAAUUUAUGAAGUUUUUAGCAUUAAAAGCAGCACAAAUAAUUGUUCAGUCAAGAUCUGGAGAGAAGGUUAUAACAAAAUGUAAACCAGAUUCUUCAGGAACAGAUUGGUUCAACUUAGCUGUUCACGAUUUACCUGAAGUAUUAACAGAAGCAAAGAAAGUAUUAUGUGGAGACAUAAUAAGCUCUCCUAUGCCUCUAUGCAUAGAAAUAUCUUUACGGACGGUUGAAGGCGAUACGAUGGUAUUAGAAACGUGGAGUCUAGGAGUUUUGACUGAACAAAGUGAUCCUUCUGUUAGAGUAACUCAUACUGUUUACAACAGAAUGGGAAUAUUACUUAAAUCAUUAGUUACUAUUUCAAGAAUGAUUCCAGCUUAUAAAUUAAGUCGUAGACAAGGGCCUGAUGCAUAUGUGAUUUGUUAUAGAAUAUAUAUGGGUGAACCACAGUUACAUACAUUAGGAGAAAAUUAUAAGCACAUACGAGUAGGUCAAUUAUGUACACCUGUUGGAACUGUACAUUCUUCGGUGUGCUAUCGAACUAAAAUGACCAUUUCCCCAACACAGACAAGUCAUGAUACUAUCAUGCUGAAAAGUGAUCAUUUCUAUUCAGAUUUUAGCCCUAGACUUGCUAGAUACCAACAUAGUGAAGAAAUAUCAAAGUCAUUAAGUGAUACUAUUAAAGUAGGAGCUUUUGUUGUAAAUAAGCAGAAAGUUGUAAAAGAAGAAGACUUAGUGAUUCCAGAUGUUCCUUUUAGUUCAUUACUAACACCAAAACAGACUCUUUUACCAUUGAGCAUCCCGUAUGAAAUACAGUACUCUUCAUUACAACAAUAUCCAUCUUCAAAUAUGGCACCAGUUCUCGGGGUUUCAUUGAAUGGUGUUGGUAUAUCAUCUGAUGCUAAUAAUGGAAAUAAUAAGUGUCCAGUAGACAUUGCUACAUUUAAAUGUAACUCCAAAAGUGAAUCAAGAAGGAGUAGUUGUUCGGUAACAAGUGCUAACGAUGAUUUUAUCAUGGUCGAUUUGAAAACCCCAUUUGCUGGAACAAAUUCAAACAGUGACUUAGGUGCUUUUUAUCGAGAGUGUCAAAGUGCACCACCGUUACAAGCAUUUAAUGAAGAGAAAACGUUAGCUGAACAAGUUGGUGAUCUUACAAAACAAUUAGAAACAUUUGAACUUAAUAUACAAAAAUAUGGAGAUAUACUUUCUACGUUAUGUCAUGCUGAAAAUAAUAAUUAGUUAAUUUAUAUUUAUUAAAUAUUUUAUUUAUCACUCGAAAAUUAUAAUUUGUGAUAGAAAAUGUAAUUAAAUAUUAUCACAAAGA